GGGCGCUGUAACAAAAACACGGGCAUCAAAUGAACAUACAGCUGGUCAACAAUGGCAGAUAAAUCGGAUGUGGCAGUGCAUAGAAUUGGUGGUCCAUCCACGAUGUCGCCAUUCAAGACAGUUUUCCUCUACUCAGGCGUUAUGCUGUUUUUCCCAGUUUUUAUGUACUUCUUUUCCAAAGCUUUCAUUUUUGAUGGUUUGUUUGACAUGAAGGGCUCUGACAGCAUCUUCUAUGCAGCCAUGACGGCUGUCGUCACAGUCCACAUUGUCCUUGCCAUGUUUCUCUGGGCGGCAUUCAAAGAGACGCCCCAAGCUCCACCUAUACGUGAAGUUAAGAGGGAAUGAGCCAUGACUUUGACAAUUUACACACAUUGCAAAUCGAAUCAAAGACUUAAGUUUGCCGCCCCCUUUCUGCAUUUAUCAUGUACAUGUACAUACAUGUAUUGGCAUGUGCAACGUCACUGACGUCACAUCAGCAUGGACAUCAAGACUAAUGCACUUUGAUCGUGCUGUCAAAAUUACCAUGUACAUGUGUAUUACAUGUUCAUCUUUAUUUGUGAAUGAAGUUCUUGAGUGCAGUUCAUCAAAGACAGCCUGCUGAAUCCAAUGUGGCUACUGAGGGGAAUCCUACGUCACUGGAUUUGGAAGAGCAAACUCGUGAAUGCGCUGCUUACAAAAUACUGCACUGAAAAUGUAAAAUCAUUUUGUGUUUCCAAACAGAGGGUUUCCCAUCUGCUCUUUUUUCAGUGGAUACUGAUUUGCAGCAAAAUCUGGUUACAAAAUGCCAAGUGUACUGUGAAGAGGAAAAAUAUUUAACUUAUCGUUUGGUUGUCCUUCGUACAGUGGUCCAAGUUUUUGUUACAGCAAAAAUCUGUCACUGGAAAAAGGCUUCUGGAGGAGGUCCCUGACAUUGAUUCCACUGUGCAUCAGGCCAGAGAGUCAGUUGACCCAUUUCUCUACUUUUCAGAAGGAGAUUGAAGUACUAGAUCAUGAAUAUGUAUGAGAUAUAUUAACAUGUACACUGCAUAUCCCAAAUGGUCUGCUUCCAACCCCUUUCUUGGUGUUGUGUAUGGUGGUUGAGUCCAUCACAAGUCCUCCAGUCUUAAAACAAGUCAAGUGCUACUCAAAUGAACCGCGAUACGCAUCCCUUUGUCACUAUUCAGCCUGCUACUUUUGUCUGGUCUUAUGGACUUGUGAUGGACUUGUCUGCAACACUGGUAGACUGAUAGAUAAACACAUUUGGAGGGGACAUGCUGGUCAUGGUGUCAUCUCCAGGUGUUAGAAGCAUAGUUUUGAUUCCUUGCCGUGAAAGCAAAACUGGGACAGAUGAACAGUAAUUUUGUCAGAGAUGGAAUUUUGUCUGUUUAUUAUUUUCAUAAUCAUUUUCUAACACUGAUCACUCUAUUUAAACCAACAAACUUUGAAAAUGUAGCAAACAGGAUUCAAGGAAUUGUUAAGAAUAUGUACCACAAUGAAACAAUUAAAUGCUUUUUGGGUAGUGAAUUACAGCACUGUGGUAAAAUUGGUUAGUAAAUGUUUGUUAAUCUAUCAUAUUCCACAUAUUUUCAAACAGAAACAUUUUCCUAACUGGUUUAUUACUUUGGCCUUUUAAAUUUAUAUUUAGCAUGAAAAUAAAGAUGUCUUAGUGAAAACAGUUCUUAUGAA